UCUCUUCUUCCUGCUGCUAAACAAACUUUGUGGCUGGGUGGAAACAACACCUGCUGAAGGUGAAAGCUGAUUGGCUGCAGCCUCUCUGCAAUGAGAUAUGAAUCAUAUAUCAGAGCUCAACCCUGUUUCUGUUUUCAGGAAAUGAAACUUACACAGUCACUUUGUCUGACAGGAAAAGUGGAGCAGAAUCAGCUUGAUUUGUCUGGAUCUACUGAAGAAUCUGGUGACGAUUCCCUGUAGACACAGGAAAUAGUCGGAAUAUUAAAAGCUUCUGAGAUCAAAAAAAUUCAGGAAGUUUCGUCUGUCGACAACAGUUCUUAGUGGAGAAAAAACUUCUGUAUCGAGCUCUUACCUGGAGAAGAACACCAUGUUGGGAGCAUUAUUAGAGCAGUUGAUGAAGAUUGGGCUCCUGGAUGCUCCUGCUGACCACCGCUAUGCUGGACCUGAAGAUGUGGCCUGUGAUUUCUGCACUGGAAGAAAACUGAAAGCCAUCAAGUCCUGUUUAGUCUGUCUGGCCUCUUACUGUGAGAAACACCUUCAGCCUCAUUAUGAUGUGGCUCCUUUAAAGAAACACAAGCUGGUGGAGCCGUCCAAGAACCUCCAGGAGAACAUCUGCUCUAAGCAUGAUGAGGUGAUGAAGAUGUUCUGCCGCACUGAUCAGAAGUGUAUCUGCUAUGUCUGCCCAGUGGAUGAACAUAAAGGCCACAUCACAGUGUCAGCAGCAGUAGAAAGGACUGAGAGGCAGAGAGAGCUGGAGGAGAAACAAGGAAACAUCCAGCAGAGAAUCCAGGACAGAGAGAAAGAUGUGAAGCUGCUUCAACAGGAGGUGGAGGCCAUCAAUCACUCUGCUGAUAAAACAGUGGAGGACAGUGAGAAGAUCUUCACUGAGCUGAUCCGUCUCCUCCAGAAAAGAAGCUCUGAUGUGAAGCAGCAGAUCAGAUCCCAGCAGGAAACUGAAGUGAGUCGAGUCAAAGAUGUUCAGGAGAAGCUGGAGCAGGAGAUCACUGAGCUGAAGAGGAAAGACGCUGAGCUGGAGCAGCUCUCACACACAGAGGAUCACAACCAGUUUCUCCUCAACUACCCCUCACUGCCAGCACUCAGUGAGUCUACACACUCAUCCAGCAUCAACAUCCGUCCUCUGAGACACUUUGAGGACGUGACAGCAGCUGUGUCAGAGCUCAGAGAGAAACUACAGGACGUCCUGAGAGACUCAUGGACAAACAUCUCACUGAUGGUCACUGAGGUGGGUGUUUUACUGCCAGAACCAGAACCAAGGAGCAGAGCUGAUUUCUUAAAAUAUUCAUGUAAAAUCACUCUGAAUCCAAACACAGCUCACAUGCGAAUGGUAUUAUCAGAGGGGAAAAGCAAGGUGACAGUGGUGGAUCAAACUCAGUCUUAUUCCAGUCAUCCAGAGAGAUUCACUGAUUACUGGCAGGUUCUGAGUAAAGAGAGUUUAACUGGACGUUGUUACUGGGAGGUGGAGUGGAGAGGGAUACAGGUUAUUAUAGCAGUUGCAUACAAGAAUAUCAGCAGAGGAGGGGAUGAAUCUUCAUUUGGUGAUAAUGAGAAAUCCUGGGUAUUAGAAUGUCGCAAAAAUGGUUAUGAAUUUUGUCACAACAGCAUCUCAACCUCCGUCUCAGGUCCAGUUUCCUCCAGAGUCGGAGUGUACCUGGAUCACAGAGCAGGUAUUCUGUCCUUCUACAGAGUCUCUAAAUCCAUGACUCUUAUCCACAGAGUCCAGACCAGAUUCACUGAGCCGCUACACGCUGGAGUUUAUUUAUCAUUGGAGUCUACUGUUAAAUUCUGUAAACCCAAAUAGAGAAAAUCCAAUUCAUUCUCAUGCAGAUUUAGUUCUGAUUAUUGUUGUUUUAUGUCUCAACUGUUCAGAAAUCAUGUGUCAGAGAUUAUCUGCGAUUGUUUUUCUUCCAAUUAUAUUCUAGUUUUGUUGAAUUUGUUCAUUUUUCAACACCCAUCUCUAAAGCAUUUGAUCCGCACUAGAAUAUCUGCUGUCUCAUCCCCUUGUUGCUUUUAGCUGCAAAAACUGUGAAUUUGGUAAAAAAAAAAAAAAAAAAGACAAAAGAUUCCUCAUGUUGAAAAAGUGACA